AUACUUUCUGCUCAAAAUAAAGACGUAGAGGGGCUAUUGAGGAGAGACAGAAAAUAACUCAUUUCCUUUAACAUCAGGGACUUUGAUACAGUAAAACUUAGAUAUCACCUCUAUUCCGUGCUUAGAAAUGGAGGCAUUGUGUUUGUUGGGCAACUGGCAAAAGGACCCUCAUGUGUCAGAUCGAGUAAGUGACAACGCGUUGGUUAUGGAUAGUUUGAACCGAAAUCUUCCCGGUGGCCAUCAGUCUCAUCAGUUUCUGCAGAGCACUCCAUUGGACUUGAUUGAGACUGGGAAAGGGCUGAAGGUCCAAGCAGAGCGCCCACAUUUGGUCAGUCUAGGAAGUGGCCGCCUUAGCACGGCCAUCACCCUCUUGCCCCUGCCUGAAGGCAAGACCACUCUGGGUCAUGGAGCCAUGGACAUCAACAUCCAGGGCCCGGGGAUUGCAGCUCAACAUUGCUUUAUCGAAAACAAGGCUGGAGUCAUCACUCUGCACCCCUGUGGAAACAAGUGUAGCAUGGAUGGACUACCAAUCGCCAAGCCUGUUCGCUUGUCUCAAGGCUGUAUGCUGUGUUUUGGCCAAUCUGCUUUCUUCCGCUUCAACCACCCUGAGGAGGCUUUCCGAAUGAAAAGCAUGAUGCCUGAGGGAGGACAGACAGCCUGUGUGAAAAACUGGACCCGUACAGAUUCUGAGAACCUUGUCAAUGGGAACCACUCAUCAGGGGCGCCAGAAUCCCACCCGGUCCCCAAUGAGAGAGUGCGUCCAGAGCACCGUGCCAUUGUCAGUUCCAUUGAGAAGGACCUUCAGGACAUUAUGGACUCACUAUACAUGGAUGAUCCUCAUCCAUCUUCAGAGUCAAAGAAGCCCCUUGGUCAGCCUAUCUCCCAGUCCCCUCUAUCCCCCAUGUUAAAUGGAGGUGGCCGUUUUCUACUCUCUCCUCCAACGAGCCCUGGUGCUAUGUCUGUGGGCUCCAGUUACGAAAACAUCUCCCCUCCUUUCUCGCCUCUUUCAUCCCCAUCGGCUGCCAGCAGCGACAGCUACACAAGUCCCUCGCCGAGUGGUUGUCAGAACCAGAUUCAUACGCUUCCUCCUGUGCCAGUGAGGUCCUCCAGCUACAAUUACACCAGCCAGCCGCCCAUACCUCAGCCACGGACCAUACUGCCCAACUAUUCUAGUGUCAGCAGUGGCCCUAGGGUGCCUGAGAGUCCCAGACUCCAGAGAAAGGCUCUUUUAGAAGCACCUCCAAGCCCAAAGCCAACCCGUAGGGGGUUGAACCAAGACAGCUCAGUGGCUAAAACUCCAGACAGCCCCAUACAGACUCACAUUCUGCCCUCUGUCUCCAUCUCUACUGCUCCAACUGAUGCUCCAUCUGUCAGUCGGGUGCAAGUUCCAGGUAGCCCCAGAUUGACCCCCAAAUUCUCCACCACAUCCCCAUCUUCCUCACCCUCUAGUCCCAGAACUAAAGCUGCCAUUGUCCUUCAGGAAAGGCCCUCAAGUCCUUUCCGGGAACAGCCUCAACCAGAUCGCUCCUUGACGCCCAGCCCGCUCUCCCCGCCCUCGCGAUCUUUUCAGCCCCCCUUGGACCCCAUCGUCCACAUCAUUCAGGGCGGACCUUCACACUCGCACCCGCGCACUCUACAGCCUCCAGAAAGCCCACGGCUGGCCCGCAGGAACCUUGAUGGGAGCAGCAUGAGGGAACUUCCUCCUCUCAGCCCCUCCAUAGCUCGUAGGGGGUUACCUGUGCUGCCAGGAGCUCUACCAGGAACCCUACGGACCCCAGAGACCCCAUCACCAAGACUGGUUCCAGAGAACCCCAGACUCAGGCAGAAAGUGGACUCUUCUACAGAAGAACAGUUCAGUCCUCGCGUCAUGCGUGCCUGCAGCCCAUCGCCCACCAUGGAUGGGCGGAAGGGCAGUUUUGGGAAUUCACUAUCUUCGGCAUUCAGUCUAGGCUCUCUGCCUGGAUCAUCGCCCCGAUCCAGUCCCAGGAGCCACAGGAAGAUGUCAGCGGGCCACAGGGACCUUCGGCUUCCUCACCAGGGCAUGAGGGAGCGCAAAAACAGCAUCACUGAGAUUAGCGACAAUGAGGAUGACCUGCUGGAGUACCAUCGGCGCCAGAGAGAAGAGCGACUCAGAGAACAGGAAAUGGAGAGACUGGAACGACAGCGGCUUGAGACAAUCUUGAACCUCUGUGCGGAAUAUAACAAGGGCGACGGGCCGGCGGGUGAUCUGGCCAGGAUGGGCAUCUCUGGGCUUGGCUCAGGGGAGGGGCUUAAUGUCAGACGACCCUCCAUGGACAGUGUGAGCAGUGUUUCCUCUAGGGUGGCGCAGAGACAUCGUGAGAGCCAAGAGGACAACCUGAACGAGGACUGCAGCAGCACUGAGAGUGCACAGCAGGAUGGACGGACCCUAACAGUUCUGCUGAACGGACAGAAUGGACAGGCUGAGGACUCUCCAGGAUCGGGCAGCAUCAACCGUCUGGAACUGGGCUACCUGGAAGAGGAGCGGGUUCGAGUGCUAGCAAAGGUAGAUGAGCUCAAAGCUCGAAUCACAGAACUGGAGCAGCAACUUCAGGAGUCCAAACAGGAGGCGGAGAUGGAGAGAGCUCUGCUUCAGGGAGAGAGAGAGGCUGAGCUGGAGCAAAUUGAGGCAGAGAUGGAGAUUAUCAACCAGCUGCAAUGCAAAAUCAGUGAACUGGAGAGCACCUUCCAGAGAGAGAAAGACAAGGCAUUCCAUUCUGCACGAUGGCCACUCAAGACCCAUUCUGGUCUCUAUUGCCAUCCCCAGGAGAGGGCUAAUGUUGACUCCGAGCGGGAAGCCCUGGGGAGGCUUCAGGAUGGGUACAAUGAGUUGACGAGCCAGCUCCAUAACUGCCCUGAGUCUCUGAGGGAGCAGUUACAGGAACAACUCAAGAGGGAAGCAGAGACUCUUGAGGCUGCGACUAAGCAGUUUGAGGACUUGGAGUUCCAGCAGUUAGAAAAGGAGAGCAGUCUAGAAGAGGAACGAGAGACCAUCAGCCAGCAGCUGCUACAGGAUAGAGUACAGUACCGCAGCAGUGUGGCCAAAAGAAAGGAAAAGGUUGCAGCCCUGGAAAGCCAGGCCAGUCAGUUUGGCAUGCAAGCCACUCAGGAGUGUGAGAGACUGGCCAAAGACAGAAGCAUCACCUUCCAGCUGCUACAUAAGGAAAAGGAGAGGUUGGCCAAUCUGGAGAGGAGAUACCAGAGCUUAACGGGUGGAAAGACUUUUCCAAAGAGCUCCAGCACUAUAAAGGAGGAAUACUUGCAGCUGUCGGAUGUUUAUAAGAUGUAUGGGAGUGAUUGCCAUGACAUCCAGUUCGCCAGUGCUUUCUCACACGCCCUCUCACUUGCCCUUGACCUGGCUGUAACUGCCCCUCAUGAGGAGUAUGUGACUGUGGCUCAGUUAAACCAGAUCUAUGGGAUGCCGAAGGUGGAGUCUUCCCCUACCUCUCCUGUCCAAUUAUUGCAAUCUUCUCUCGCAGACUCCGCCUUCUCCUGCCUCCCUUCCCCUCAUGGCUCCUCCGUCUCUCUCUCCUUUGAGCAUCAGUCAGAGUGGGGCAGGCCUCAGACGGCUGCUCUAGAUUUAGAGCGCUGGUACCAGGAGGUCAUGGCAACUGGAGAUGCAAACCAGCUCUGCCCUCCUCCCCUCCCGGCUAAACCUUUCUCAACACGUAAGCCUGCGCAGGUGUACCGCUCCCGUCUAGACAGUGAUACAAGCCAAUCAUCACUGAGACCUAAAGUCAGUGCUGGUCUGUCCCCGACAUACACUACGGCCACACUCGGACGCAAGACUCCUGCCAGGAGUCCUCUGAUGGUAGCCAACAGCACAGGGAGUCUCCCACGCAACCUGGCAGCCACCCUGCAGGACAUCGAGACCAAGAGGCAGCUGGCCCUUCAGCAGAAAGGGCAGCAAGUUAUCGAGGAGCAGCGGAGGCGUUUAGCCGAGCUAAAGCAGAAAGCUGCAGUGGAGGCUCAAUGCCAGUGGGAGGCGCUUCACAGCUCCCAGACGCAGCUCAACCAUCCCUUUCCCUCCAACACCACCCCAGUCAUGCAUCACUCCAUUCUCCAUCACACAGUACCCUCUGCUGGAGAACAAGCAUAUGACACCCUCAGCCUGGAGAGCUCGGACAGCAUGGACACUAGCAUCUCAACGGGAAACAACUCUGCCUGCUCCCCUGACAACAUGUCCAGUGCCAGUGGUAUGGAUGCUCUGAAGAUUGAGGAGAUGGAGAAGAUGCUGAAGGAGGCCCAGCUGGAGAAGGCUCGACUCAUAGAGUCCAGAGGGCGAGAGACUGAGGCCCGUAAGCUGAUGCUGGACGAAGAGAGAAGGAGAAGGGAAGAGGCAGAGAUGAGACUACAAGAGGAGAUGGUACACAGGCAGCAGCUCAUAGAGGAGGAGGUGAAGAUGAGGUCCAAAAACUUCUCUCAGGCCCGACCCAUGACACGCUACCUGCCCAUUCGCAAAGAGGAAUUUGACCUCCGUUCACAUAUCGAGUCCUCAGGUCACAACGUAGACACAUGCCACCAUGUCAUUCUCACUGAAAAGAUGUGCAAGGGCUAUCUUGUCAAGAUGGGAGGAAAGAUCAAAUCAUGGAGGAAACGCUGGUUCGUCUUUGAUCGCCUUAAAAGGACAUUUUCGUACUACGCCGAUAAACACGAGAGCAAACUGAAAGGUGUCAUCUACUUCCAGGCCAUCGAAGAGGUUUACUAUGAUCAUCUACGCAGUGCAACAAAGAAAGGAUUUUUCAAUCUGAAUUUGACAAACAGUCCCAACCCCUCCCUCACAUUCUGUGUGAAGACCCACGACAGACUUUACUACAUGGUUGCGCCCUCCGCAGAGGCCAUGAGAAUAUGGAUGGAUGUGAUUGUGACUGGAGCAGAGGGCUACACGCAAUUCAUGAAAUGAGAUAAAAAAAAUAAAAAUAAAAAAAAACAGCUGCUCGCUAAACUAGACGUCAAAAUGGAAACUGUUCGGCAGGGAGACUUCAAAUGACCCAGACCUGUAAUUCCCAACGAGAGGAAAGACUCUAUUUUGUUACUUCCUUUUUCUUCUUCAGUUUCUUGAUGUUGUUGUAUAUUCACUCGGCUGCACAGAGGUUUUCUAGGUCUGCCUGGAUUGACAAAGGGAGCUCUAGAAGAUGAAAAGACCUUGUGAACCAAACCUGCAGGUGGUGGCUGACUUGCCAUCUAUGAAAAUGCCUUUUUUGCCAUCAGAGAUCCUUUUCAGUUGCAGUUUAUCUCCACACUUUGUGGACACACAAAAAUGUAUAUUAGACUUUUAUUUUUAAUGUUUGUCCUGAUGAUUUGUUUUUCCACACGAAAUGGGAAAAAUGCCAAAUGACAUCAAGCCAUUCUGGAUAGUAUUUUGUUAAAAAAAAAAGUGAUGGUUUUGAGUGAUAUGAAAUGAUAUGAAAGGAUAUGAAUUAACCACAGUAAAAUAUGUGAAGUUUUUAAAUUACAUUUAUAAAAGUAUUACAUUAAUAUGAAACAAGUUUAAAAGCUCUAGACCAGUGCGGUUCUCAACUGGAUUGCUUCAGGACCCAGAUUUUACACUGGACAUCAAGUGGAGACCCAACACAGUACCAAAAUGGUUUAUGGUCGAUGAAAUGACUCAAUUGUGUCCAGAUCUAUUCAAUUAUUCAAAAGUACAUAAAAAUGCAAUUUACGAAAUACAGUUACUUGAAUACACCUCUUCCUUGAUAAUGCUUUCAAUUACUAAGUUCAAAGUCAUUUUGAUGUUUUUUUCUGGGGCUUAAAGUAAACAAUGUCAUGUGGUGCAACUGUCUGGAGAAGGUCAAAAUAAAAGCAAAGUCUUAUUAAAAGCUGAAAAUCUAUAUAUAGAGAGGUGUGAAACAGGCUCCUCUCCAGAGAGGCGGUGCUAGUACAGAGGCGAGAAGACCAAUGGCAAACGCCAAGUAGAUUGUAGCGUUACAGCUUGUCGAAUUUGCCAAACAACGAUGUCAUGUCCCGGCACUACAGUACAUCAAACAUGUUAUUUUAUUUACGCCUAUAUCACAGCAGGUGCAUGUUUAACAGCCGCCUCUCCCAGACACUGAGCAAGAUGCUCAUAAGUAACAAAAACAAGCGUAUUAAAAAAUCUGACACCGUAAGAAACACGCUAUUACAUGAAACGUAAUAUUCUCUGGUUUUGACCUCAAAAUGUAAACAGGUAUGAGUACAACACUUGUGCACAUGUUAUAAGCCGGUAAUAACACCGGUAACGUUUACAUGCAAUGUGAAACCGGCAGAAGAGGCCAAAAAAUUACGUGUGCCGAUCGGUUUUUGCUCAAGCUCUAAGUAAUAUUGGAUUAUUUAUAUAUAUCGUAAAACCAGUGGUCAGGUUCCUCUCGAGUUUUUUUUUUUUUUUUUCACCACUAAAUAACUGAAAGUUUUCUUGCUACAAUCACUUUAGCUUGCUCUCUUGGGGCUUUCAGGCAAAGCAUGAUUUUCUAUAAAGCUGAUUUGAAACGAUGUGCAUUGUGAAAAGUGCUGUACAAAUAUAAAUGACUUGAGUGUAGACAAACACUGUUGUGUCAUUUAUGAUUUAAAAAACAUUUAUGUUGAAUCCUGGAAUAGGUUUGAGUGAAACAUUUGCGGGCGCUGUUUAAAAAAAAAAAAAAAUAUAUAUAUAUAUAUAUAUAUAUAGUCAUAUCAUUAAUAUCAAUUUUUUGACAUUUAAAAAAAAGGCACAUUUGUUCAGGUCAUAUGGUGUUACCCUGAAAAAACCUCUUGAUAUUCUAAAAUUCAUGAUAUUUGUAAAAAAAAAAAAAAAAAAGUAUAUUUGAAAACUUUUUUGACAACAGUGGUUAAGUUGUGUACACUCAUGUAUUUUAAUUGCAGGAAAAUAUUUAAAUACACUUUACUUGAUGGUUACACCUCAUGAUAUUUUUGAAGUCAUUAAAUUAUAUACAGUAUAUAUAUAUAUAUAUAUAUUUUUUUUUCUACUCCCUUAAUAAUUUGCAUUAAUCAUUAUACUCUCCCUACUUUCUCUGCCUUUGACCCUAUAAGAACUGACCUGUGACCCAUUUUUGGGUCCCGACCAACUAGUUGAGAACCACUAGUUCUAGACAAACUUCUGGUAUCACUGAAACAAAGACUUAAUUUACCAAAGCUCACCUACCAGCUCAGGAGUCUUUAUCUAUUUAUUGUUAAUUGACAUCACCAACUCCUGUUUAACUGUACCCCACUGUGUUUCUAUGUGUUCCCAGCAAAUUCUGAGAAACAAAACCUUACACACACAUGCACACAUUCACAACACCGAACACAAACAUAUAACAUACAGUAGAGUCUACUUGCCAAGUCCUGUUAACUUGAUCUUUUAAUUCGACUCCCAAGGGAGGCAGCCAUCUAAAGUCACUGCCAGCCUACAAGAGCUUGAAAUAUUGCCAGAAACAGAACAGAAAGGAAACGACAUAAUCAUACAAGUCAUACAGUGCCUUGAUUUGACACACGUAUUUGUCAUUCUUAGAAUUUGAACAGUUAUACAAGAAAAAAUAGCUGGAAUCACAGUCUUAUUCCAUGUGAUAGUGGGUUUUAACUUUUUCAGAGAUUAUUAUGACAAUUCUAAACAGACAUGUACUGUAAUAAAAAAUUAAAAAAAUGGUGACCUGGA